AUGACUGAUGCGCAGCAAGAUCACGCCCUGGCCGUGGAAAGCUUGGCGCCCGAGCUGGCUGAUCUGAGGAUCGAGCUCUGCCCCAGCCACAUGAGCGAUGGCUGCUUCUGGAAGAUAUACUUCGUGCUGCUGCAUCCUAAGCUCAGGAAGCAUGAUGCUGAGAUUUUAUCCACCCACAGUUAUGAUGUAUCAACACACCUUUUUAUUUGUGCUGACUGCACAAAAGAUAAGCUGAUUUUGGAAGCUAGAGACAAGUUGUCACACGAUAUGCAGUAUCGGACGAAGUUACAAGGCAGCUAUGGGGACACCGUACCUGUGCCUUUCAACAAUGAAGAUGGUGUUUUAAGUUCUCCUGUAGAGGUUUUGGGUGUAUUGAAGGGCCAAGAUGGUGUUUUAAGUUCUCCUGUAGAGGUUUUGGGUGUACCUGUGCCUUUCAGCAACGAAGAUGAUGUGCAUGCAGAUAUGAUGCACUAA